UGGUCCAUACUGGUCUGUACUGGUCCAUACUGGCCUGUCCCCUGUCCCCACAGGCCCCGCGGCGACGCCCAGACAGGACCAACAUGGAGCCCUGAGAGGAGGCGCGGCCGUGGGGAUGGCGAAGCUGCUGGUGCCGCUGGUGGUGCUGGGGGCCGUGUCCGGGGCGGGGGUCCCGGUGUCGCCGCCGUCGCCGCGGUGUCCCCCGCGCUGCCUGUGCCCCGCGGCCGCGCCCAGCCCGACGCUGCUGUGCGCCCGCACGGGGCUGCUGGCGGUGCCGCCCAGCCUGGACCGCGGCGCCGUGGAGCUGCGCCUCGCCGACAACUUCAUCGGCGCCGUGGGCCGCGCCGACUUCGCCAACAUGAGCAGCCUGGUGCACCUGACGCUGUCGCGGAACGG